AUGAAACGUCAUUCAAGGAUAUUACCCAGAAAAAUUUGGAGGGAAAAAUCUUAUAUCGGCAUUGGUUCGAAUGAACAUAGCAACCGGUUGCAGUUCUUGUAUCGAAUGAGACAUGAAUUCAUGCUUAGGAAGAUGUCUUUGGGUUUGAUAUUUGAUAUCGCCUUUUAUUUAUUUAUGGUAAAGAAGCUGUUGACAUGA